AUGCUGUUCUCCUCCGUUGCCAUCCUCGCGGCCGCGAGCAGCUUGCUCGGCCUGUCCUCCGCCCACAACAUCCAGAUGAAGGCGCAUUCGCGAGAAUGCUUCCACGAGCAGCUGCACAAAGACGACAAGAUGACUGUGACCUUCCAGGUCGGCGACCGAGAGUUUGGAGGUAGCGGGAACUUGGAGAUUGACUUCUGGAUCCAAACCCCCUCCAAUUCCUACGAGGUCCACGAGCGCUCAGUCUCCUCCGGCGACCACUCCUUCAUUGCGGGCAUGGACGGCCGAUACACAUACUGCUUCAGCAACGAGCAUUGGUCCGCGAAUACCAAGGAGGUCUCAUUCAACGUUCAUGGAAUUGUUUACGUGCCGGAAUCAGAAGCGCCGCAGGAUCCGUUGGAGAAGGAGGUCCGACAACUCGGAGAGUUGAUCGCCCAGGUCAAGGACGAACAAGGCUAUAUUGUCGUGCGCGAGCGAACACACAGGAAUACUGCUGAGAGCACGAACGCGCGAGUGAAGUGGUGGAGUAUCUUCCAGCUUAUGGUAUUGAUUGGGGAGGGCGUUUUCCAGGUCUGGUGGCUGAAGAGGUUCUUCGAGGUAUUUCCAUCUCCCGCGUGCUAUCGGCUCACAUGCUAA